CCACGUACACCUAAUAAUAAUAAUAAUAAUACGUCAGUGUAAGGAGCUGGUUGGGCUGAUGGAGCAAAAGCUAGCAGAGUUCAGAGCCAGGCGACAGGCUGAAAGUGCUGGGAAAAAGGAUAAGAGUGCCGGUCCACAGGGCAGUGCACAAACAGUAGCGGACACAGCUGCUCAGACAGAAACAACACCAGCAGCUCACAGUCAAGAGACAGAAGAGACAGAAGACAUCAGAGCUUUAAAUCAGAGCUCUCCAAGGAAGGACAGUAGCGACUGGCUGCUGGACAACGCUCUGGGAAGAUGGCUGGCUUCGAGACAACUUGUCUUCUCAAACCUUACUUUGCUUAAAGUGCUGCUUUGGCUGGUGCUGCUCGGUCUGUUUGCUGAACUGGAGUUUGGCCUGCCUUUCUUCGUCAUCUCUCUCUUCUACUGGCUCUACGAGGGGCUCCGUAGCCCAGCUGACCGCGAGCCCGGAGAACUGAGCGCUUAUUCUGUCUUCAAUCCAGACUGUCAGCCUCUGCUGGGCUCUCUCACUGCAGAGCAGCUGGAGGGAGAGAUGGGUUACAGACCUCUGGCCAACAGAUGAAGCGCUUGUGAUUUGCACAUUUGUAUUAAAUAUUCAGAUGUUUUGGUCUAUCAAAAUGUUAACAUUAUUCAAGAACAUACAGGGACUUACACAGUAGUAAUUUCAAUGUGUCAUUCCUGUAAAACACAUUAAAUUGAGAUUGGUCUACUUACAGUU